AUGCCGAUCGACCCGAGGAAACGCAGCUGCCCCGCGAUGCCGAGCCCGUGGUACGUCCACCCGUUCGAGGCGCACGAGCGAGGCGUCAUGGGCGAUCUCCGAUACUACUCGCGAAACGCGAGCGUCGCGGAGCGCUCGGAGCUCUUCGCGACCGCGUGCUGGCGCCUGUACGGUGACUACUUCCGCAGGGACGGGACGCGAGGGAAAAAACCGCAGUGGUUGUGCCCCGCGAGCGAGCAGGGCGCGGGCUUCGAGGGCGCGCCGAACGCGUACAACGCGCGAGAGUGGGUCGAGACGGACGCGGUGCAAGCCAUGCUGUACUAUUUGUCGUCGGGCGACUUCUACCGCAUGUGCAACGACGCGGGCAGGGAAGCGGAGCUGAACGCCGCGGGGAUGGACGAGGAUACGCGGAAGGACGAGAUCCAGAGAGCGUCGAACGUCUUGACGUCGUACUACGACGUCCAGGUGGAUAACACCCUGAGAGAGGCGAUCCGCGUGCACCUGAACGAACGCGACGACCGGUGGAACCUGGAGAACGGGAGAUUUCCCGAGAAGCCGGAGACGCCGACGAGGUCGCAGAAAAAGCCGCCCGCGAGCGCUGACAGGGAGAACGAGCACGCGGGGAGGAAGACAAUGUCCAUCGACGUCCACGAGUCCGGGAAGAGCGCGGGGGGCGGGGGGAUAAGGCGCAAUGCCUCGGUCGCGCUGCAGCCGCGCGAGUCGCCGAAUGUCAUGUCGAGCCGCUGA